AUGGCUAAGCGUUUACGUGGCACAAUAUUCUCUAGUAUUUUUCAGUUACGCCCAGCCCUCCACGAACCAAGCAUAGCACCCACACGUGCUCUUUCGGCAGCCCAAAGGAUGCCGGAACCUUGUGACUUGUUCGAGUACACGACCGGACGAUGGAUCUAUAAUGACGCGUUGAGACAUCGUGAGAGGAGACGUGCUUUCAACGUCUCUGAAUUGAAGCGCCUUGCUGCCCUAGCGGUUCAGCAGAAGGAAGACGACGUCACUGGCUUCGAGAAGCUUGCCGAAGGAGGAUUCAACCGAAGUUUUAAGAUCACCAUGCGAAAUGGCUUCCAAUUUGUUGCGCGAAUUCCUUACCCUGUCACCGAACCAAAAUUCCUAGUGGUCGCAAGUGAAGUCGCAACGAUAGAUUUUCUCCGUUCCCAUGGCAUUCCAGUUCCUAAGAUUUUUGGUUACUCUGCCGUUGCAGAUAACUCUGCAGGUACAGAAUACAUCUUCAUGGAACUUGUCCAAGGACAAAACCUAGGUGAUAUCUGGUUUACUUUGUCUGAACAGGAGAGGAUAACGCUGGUCACAAAGCUCGUGGAGCUAGAGUCUCGUCUAUUUGGUUUACGGUUUCCAGCAAGUGGAAGUCUCUAUUUCUACGAUGACCUGCCAGCCCAUGACUACCCAGUCAUUGUUCCAAGCCCCAGCUCGACCCGCCGCUUCUGUAUCGGCCCCGAUACUUCGCUUGGUUUAUGGUUCGGGAAAAGACUCAACUUAUCCGUUGAGCGCGGGCCAUACCGGGAUUCUUUGGCAGUUCUCACCGCUGGGGCCACAAAAGAGAUUGCAUAUCUCAAAAGAUUUGGACGACCUCUUCAGCCAUUUCAGCGACUUCGCAGAGAGAUGUACAAUUACCAGGCCCAAUCCCACCUCGAACAUAUUGUAAAUCUGGAGAAAUACCUACAAAUUGCGCCUCACCUCAUACCGCGGGAUUGUCCUGCCCUUCAUCGUCCGGUCCUACGACAUCCUGAUCUUCAACCCAACAACAUAUUUGUUUCCAGUGACCUAGAAAUCAAAGGGUUAAUCGAUUGGCAACAUAGUACGGUUCUCCCAUUAUUUCUGCAAUGCGGCAUCCCACAAAGUCUCCAGAAUUAUGGUGACGAGAUCUCGGACUCACUACAAACCCCUACUUUACCAAGGAAUUUCGAUGAAUUAGAGGAGAUACAACGGUUCCAACAUGCGGAAAUUUUCCGCAAGCGUCAACUGCACUAUCUCUAUGUCAAAUUGACUGCGGAUAAGAAUCCUGAGCACUAUGACGCCUUGACCUAUCAUUUCAGCGCCUUAAGGCGGCGGAUUUUUCACCAUGCCAGUGACCCUUGGGAGGGUGAUAAUAUGACCUUGAAAGCGGAUUUAGUUACACUGUCGAAAAAUUGGGGAGAAGUAAACCGUGAUGCGAGAACACCUUGCCCAAUCUUCUUUUCAGGCGACGAGUCGAGCGAAUGUCUGCGACUGGCACGUGAACAAUCCGACGCUGAUGAACAAUUUCAGGCUUGCCAAGAAGCAAUUGGCGUUGCAAAUGAGGGAUGGGUGCCCGUUGCAUACUACGAUGAAGCAAAGGGACGCGAGAGAAAAUUAAAAGCGGACGCUCUUGAUGCUGCUGAAACAAAGGAGGAGAGAGCUAGAAUUGAAGAAAAUUGGAUUUUCGACGACUUUUGUGAGGAGGAUUACAUCAAAUAAUCAGGCUGCGCGCCCAACGGGUAUGGUCUGGCCCCAGUGGGCUCCGCCAGCCAAACUGUCAUUCUUCCUACUCUCCCUUGAGCUGGGACUCGUGAGAAGGGAAACAAAAAGUGGAGGGAUCGACAACUGCAUCUGAAUGCUAGCAGAGAAGGUUUUUGAAUUCAGCUUGUCUUCAAGCUCGUGCCGAUGCUAUCUUCUGCAGACUUGUCUCAAUUUCGCAAAGGCAAUCCUUGACCGCCCGUUGCUUGCGCGGCAAUUUCCUAGGAGAUCGACGCGGCCGGAACAAAAUCUCUUAUCACCAGUCCAAAGACAUUGUCGACAUGGAAAUUGUCAUGCCAGAUGCAAGACGCUACUAUGGCCUCGUCCUAGGGCAGUAGGGAAUCAGUCAGUUUAAGGUAGUUAGCUCUCGGUCGCAAAAAGCUUAGCUUACCGGGACGGUUGGUAAGUCCCGGAAUAGUGAAUUCCAAUCGGUGAUUGCGGCAUUGCUCUCUGUUUCUGAUAGGCCUCUCACACUCCAGUAGCCCGUUCGUAAUCCUUUACUAUAUCCCAGGGGCCUCGGCGGAAGUCCAACUUUGCAGGCCAGCUGAGGGAUCCAGGUACCGCAAGGCGACUGACCCGGGUUGUUGGUGGUGAACAUGUGAGAAAUCUUGGAUGUAUAUACUCCCCGAAGCCCUGUUGACUCUUAAUAAUCUAUUUUCAUCCCAAGUGUCAG